UUGGUCGCGCUGUACGUAGCUCAAAGUACAGUUGAGGAACAUGUUGCUAGUUAGCACAUUAGCCACACAGUAGCCAGCAAAUGAGCAUCAAAACCCCCAACAUCUCGACCUAGAGUUUGAUCCAGCUUUGACAGUGACCAGCUUCACUGUUACAUGUAAUUGUAGCAGGACAUGAUAUGGAUAAAACAUUGAUAUCAGGAAAGGAGGCUGUUGAGGACAAAGUGUCAGAAAAUGACACCAGUGGGAAAGUGCAACCAGACGAUGAGGAAAUGGAGGAAACCCAGACCGACUCACCCAGUAGGACUGUAGAGCCGGAUAAAGCAGAUGAGGAACUGGCUGAAAGGCCGUUGCCAGACUCGGUACCUCAAGAUGGGGAUAAGCUCUGCACACUUUGUGGCUUCUUAGCAAAAUGCCCAAGAUCACUGAAAAUUCACUAUGCAAGAAAGCAUGGCAAGAACUCAAAGAACACAGAUAAAACCGCAAAGCCAGCUGAAGAAGGUGAAAAUAUCUCUGACAUGAGUCCAGCUGAAGUCCAACAGGAGAUGGAUAUGGAGACUGAAAGCACUGCUGAUGUUAAACAAAACCUUGAAAAUCUUGAUGAUCUGAGAUCAAGUGCCACUGAUGAUGGGAUAAACACAAAAGGUUCAACUAAAAGGGAGAUGGCAUUAGACAAGCAGGCAGAGAGAAGAGUAAGCAAGCGAACCCCAAAACCCAAGAUCAUUUAUUCCUGCAACUACUGUGGGCAAGAGUUUAGGGACAAGGCUCCUCUAGAUGUGCAUAUCCAGAGAUACCACACCAAAGACACCCCAUACACAUUUGAUGCCGAUGAGAACAUGGGGGAAGAAGAGGAAGCUGAGGAUCCUGGCACCACUGUGAAGACUAUCCCAACACGAGUGGCGCCCAAACGGACACUCAGCAGGUUCCAGCUGAAGUGUGAAAACUGUGAUUUUAGGGUUAGCACCCCUGUGUUACUGGAGAGCCAUGCUCGAAUCAAACACCCAGGCCAGGAAUGGUACCGCUGCAAAUUAUGUAACUUUUAUUCAGCCACAUGUGAAUGGAUGGAAGAUCACCUGUCCUCAGAUAGCCACAUGCAACAUCAAAAUGGAGAGAAAAGCACAGAGUCUUCCUCGUUUGACGAGCAUGUUGAGAGGGUAAGCAAAGACAGUGCUGGAGAUGGUGACAGUAUAGAUGGUAUCACUCCAGUGUCUGUUGCAGAAGGAGUACCUUCUUUGACAGAGGGAGACCAGGAAACUGAGGAGGCAGUAGGGGCUGCUAAAUCUGUUUCUGUUGAGGAGGAAGACUUGGAGCUAGAACCUCCCAGAAAGAAAAGAGGAAGACCAAAGCAAGGAUCCACAACCACUUGUGGAUACUGUGGCCUGGUAGUGUCCAAUGCCACCAACCUCAGUGUCCAUGUCCGCCGUAAACACAGCAAGGAGUAUGGCUAUAGCUGCAACCUGUGCAACUAUAGCUGCGUGACCAAAGGAGACAUGGAUCGUCACUGUAUUACGAAGAAACAUGUAAGACGUGCACAAGAGUGUGCAAAUAAUAACCCGGUCAACAGCCACACAAGUGCAUCAUCCCAGGACCCCACAACUACACAGGCCACUGACGGAGAGCAGGAAUCUGAUAAAACAGGGUCAAAAGAGCAUAGCAGAGAAGAGCAAACUCAGUCAGACGCAAGCCAGAAAAAAACUAAAUAUGACUCUGUUAAUGCUUGCAGUCACUGUGAUUUUGUAGCUCAGUCCAUCCCUUCCCUCCAUCUUCAUGUCAAAAGAAAGCACACCAAAGACUUUGAGUAUGUCUGUCUAGCAUGCAGCUAUUAUGCUGUAACGAGCAGGGAAAUGUCUCGCCAUGCCAACACAGAGAAGCAUAAGCAGAAAAGCCAGAAAUACUUGGAGCCAUUAGGGAGUGAUGGACAAAGAGCUUUGUCGCUCCCUCUGAAGCUGAAGGAGGUCACUGCUGGGGCAAACUCUAACCCUGAAUGUGAACCGUAUAGCCCCACAGAAGAGUCUGAAUCCUGUUCAGAGGACAACCAAGCUAUAGACAAUCAGUCCACAGCUGCACCUUCAGUUCCCACAGAGCCUGUUGAUGCUGUGGUUGGUGUGGCUGGCAGUGCAGAUGAGAAGCAAACAGAGAGUAUCACAUCUUCCACUGGUGGUGAACCAGAUCCAACAAACCAGACAGUCGAAGUAACAGCACUGUCCGAACCCCAGCAGGCUCCAGCAGAACUUCAACCUGCAGUGGAACAACCCGCACAACCAGAAGGCCAGGAAGAACGUCAGGAAGAACGUCAGGAAGAACGUCAGGAAGAACGUCAGGAAGAACGUCAGGAAGAACGUCAGGAAGAACGUCAGGAAGAACGUCAGGAAGAAGGCCAGGAAGAAGGCCAGGAAGAAGGCCAGGAAGAAGGCCAGGAAGAAAGGAGUAAACACGCAGAUGUAGUGAAUGUAGAUGAAAAAAGUGACAGCUCUCAUACAGAUACACAAAUGUCCAAAGCCCCACCCUUUGAUGCCUGCAUUGUAUCCGUAAAGACCCUCGCUGAGCAGGAGCAGGCGCUGCAGGAUGGUCUGACUCUAGAAGGCGAGGCUGCUGUGAUAUGCCUGACUGGGGGAUCACCUGUGACCUCUGGCAUCCUGACCCCCAAUUCUGCUUACGUCAAGAAGCUCAAACCCAAGGAAAUGAGAGUGAGAGAUGAGGCCAAAGGAAACAACGCUCGUAUACGCUGUGAGGACUGUGGCUUCAUGGCCGAUGGCAUCAGCGGCCUCAACGUCCACAUCUCAAUGAAGCAUCCAUCCAAGGAGAAGCAUUUCCACUGCUUGGUGUGUGGCAAGUCAUUCUACACUGAGAGCAACCUGCACCAGCAUCUGACCAGUGCCGCCCACCUCCGCAACGAGCAGAACAGUGUGGAGGAGCUGCCCGAAGGGGGUGCGAGCUUCAAGUGCGUAAAAUGCACUGACCGCUUCGAAACAGAGCAAGACCUGUUUGUUCACAUCAAGGAGAAACACGAGGAGCUGCUGAGAGAGGUCAACAAGUACGUGCUGGAGGACACGGAGCAGAUCAACCGUGAGCGCGAGGAGAACCAGGGCAGUGUGUGCAAAUACUGUGGCAAGGUGUGCAAGAGCAGCAACUCCAUGGCCUUCCUGGCUCACAUUCGCACACACACCGGAUCUAAGCCCUUCAUGUGUAAAAUCUGCAACUUUGCAACUGCUCAGCUGGGAGAUGCCAGGAACCACGUGAAGAGACACCUCGGCAUGAGAGAGUAUAAAUGCGACAUCUGUGGAUGGGCCUUCGUGAUGAAGAAACACCUCAGCACCCACCUGCUGGGAAAACAUGGAGUCGGACAGCGUAAAGAAAGGAAGUUUGAAUGCGAUUUGUGCGAGCGCUCCUUCAGUGAAAAAUGGGCCCUGAACAACCACAUGAAACUGCACAGUGGGGAGAAACCGUAUAAGUGCGCCUGGCCUUCCUGCCACUACGCCUUCCUCAACCUGUCAGCCAUGAAGGACCACUACCGGACACACACUGGUGAAAAGUCCUAUCUGUGUGACCUGUGUGGUUUUGCGGGAGGCACAAGACACGCCCUCACCAAACACAGACGCCAACACACAGGAGAGAGACCCUUCAAAUGUAAGCUCUGCAACUUCGCCUCCACCACGCAGUCCCACCUGUCGCGGCACAAACGUGUUCACACCGGGGAGAAACCGUACCGCUGCCCCUGGUGCGACUACAGAUCCAACUGUGCUGAGAACAUCCGGAAGCAUAUUCUCCACACGGGCAAACACGAGGGAGUGAAGAUGUACAACUGUCCUAAAUGUAACUACGCCACCAACUCUCCCAUGGAGUUCCGCAACCACCUGAAGGAGAGUCACCCUGAUAUUGAGAACCCAGACCUUGCCUACCUACAUGCAGGUAUUGUGUCCAAGUCUUUCGAAUGUCGUCUGAAGGGCCAGGGGGCAACUUUUGUGGAAUCAGAAUCUGUGGAAUCCCCUGUGCGCAAGAAGAGCUCUUCGGAUGCACCUGGCCAUGAUGAGUCUGUCCAGCAGGUCAUCAUCAUCCAGGGCUACGGCGAUGAAGAGGUGACCAUUGACCAGGCCCUGGAGGAGUCAGCUGCUGCCACCCUGCAGACACUGGCCAUGGCUGGCCAGGUGGCGGAGGUGCUCCACAUCACCGAAGACGGACAAGUUAUAGCCUCAGGCAGGGAAGUGGCAUCCGCAGGGGCCCACCUGGCCGGAGGCAGCACCCAGUACGUGGUGCUGGAGUCAGGGGAGGCCAGAGAAGAGCUGCGUGCUGUGGCUAGAGGAGGGGUAGCAGUCGGAGCUGCAGGACAAAGUCACAUUGUGUCAGAAUCAUCCACGGCUUUGGACGCUCUGCUCAGCGCUGUCAGCGAAAUGGGCCAUCAGGAGGAAAUGCAUGGAGAGGCAGCUGUCGUUCAUGAGGUCUUGACCCCAGAGAUGGCCGAGGCUGUGCAGCCUGAGGUGAAACAGGAGCAGGAGGAGGUGCGGGUCAUCCAGGAGGCCGGUCAGGAGGAGAUGCAGGAAGUGCUGCAGCUCGCAGCGUCUCAGAUGAUGAAGGAAGGGCUAACUCAGGUCAUUGUCAAUGAUGAGGGCACUCACUACAUUGUGACGGAGCUGGACAACUGCACCUUACAGGUGGAGGGAGGUGUAUAUGGAGAGGCAGGGGCAGGUGACGGAGAGGUGCAGCAGGCAGAGCAGCAGGCUGGAGAAGAGAUGGUGGUCUACUUGGAUGGGGCACCUCAUAAUAUAGUCCUGGAAGGGUAGAGGAGAGAGAAAUGAACUGAAAGAGGUACAUUUGUCAUUUCAUUUCUGAUUUUCCCAAAAGACAGAAUGUUUGCCAGGAAAUCCAUUUCUAGGAGUCUUCCUCUUCGCUUUUCUUGUUUCAUUUUACAGUUUGAAUUAUUUUCUUCUCAUCAUUUCUGUCUUUUUUUUCCUCUCUUGGGCUAUGCUGAACUCAGGUUAGACAUUGUUUGUUUAGUGGGACAGUGAAGGAAAGAGGUUCUGGUGCUAAGUGAGUUAAUUUGCAAUCCUCACAACCACCAAGACUACAUUAACCACUUGAUUAAUGCCAUGCAACUUUAGGAAAUGAAUAUAUUUCCUCCUGAAAUAUUUUUGUUUUUUUAAAAUGCAUUCAAUAUGCUGAGAGUUUAAUGGCUUAUCAAAAAGGAAAAUAUGUAUUCAAUGGUUUUCUUGCAAAUGCAUUUUGGAUUGUUAUUUUCUCCAUGAAAUUUUUGUUUAGUAUUACUUUAAGCUUUGUUUUUUUGAUGUUAGAGGUUUGCUCAUGUGUCCUAUGACACAAAGGUUUAUUAAUUUCUCUCUUUGUUCUAAUAAUAUUUUUCCUUCCAUCCUUUGUAGUAAUUAGUAUAUUAUUAGUUAUGAACCAAUAUUUUGACACAUUUAAGAACAGAUCUUAUAGAUGUUUUAUGUGUAAUAGUAAAAGGAAUUGAUAAGGAUAUAUUUCAGUUUUUGACAACCCUUCAGCUAUUUGUAAGUUUUUGGAAAACCUCUAAAAACCAUUAAUGCAUUUUCAUUUCUGACAAUAAAGAC